UGGCCGACAGGGUGGGAUUUCAAGACUGCUCCCCCAUUAUUUUCAUUCAGAUGUUUUCAGGAUUAUCUCACGGUCUCCUCCAUCUUGUCCAGAGGACAGGGAUUCAGAUAAAACAGCCAGAGGCCGGGGGGGGGGGGACAAACCAGACGGGUAUCCCCUUAGCCCUGUGAAUACAUGAGUUAAAUAUAGAGGAAGGGAGGCGUCACCUGAAACCUGAGGAGAGAGGAUACAGGCGUUCACCUCCGCCGUCAACCAACAAGAGCUGGAGCAGGAGGACGGAGCAAGCGCGCUGAAAGGUCUUCCAUGGCGGACGCUGGGCGUCCUGUGUUGGAGCUGAACACGCUCGGAAGAGGACUUCCCUUUGAAUCUCCAGCGGUAGCUGCAACCUCCUCCCCGAGGGAAACCCCCUGCAGCAGCUCCAGCACCAGCAGAGGGCUCCCUGAGCAGCACCCGAGCCCAUCAGACCCCCCUGUGGUCUCCAGGGCUUCAACCCCCCCGUCUCUACACCAGUGCCGGACAGUCGCUGAGCAGGAAAAGGAGGCUGCCGGGACGGUCCGGCCUCGUUCUCCGGCCGUUCACAGCAGCCACCCGGACGCGGGUCCCCAGGAUCCGGGCUGGGGGACUUGUGGUUGCCGUGCAGCCGAUACGGGGAUCGUUGAGGCUGAGACUCGGUCCAUGUUGGCCUGCAAGCAGCCCAUGCAGGUGCAGCAGUGCAACACGGUGACCACCAGCUGCAGAGGCGGGAGCAGCAGAGGGGGCUGCACGCUUCCGCCUCACAACCGCUGCGUCUGGAACUCACCUGUCACCGUUCAACGACCUGAACAAGACGCUCGUUUCCCCGACAAAUGUCAAGACGCGCUUUGUUACUGCCCCUCGGUCCACCACAGCCCCUGUGAGGACACAUUUGCUGCGUACUGCCACCCCCAGUCCAUCCCUGCCCCCUCCCAGCUGCUACCACACCUGGCAGCCGCCGAGCCCAGCUUCAACAUCCAGAUCCAGCGCGCGGUGACACCUCCUCCUGCAGCUGUCCACCUCACCCCUCCUCGCCUCUCCUCCUCCGUCAGCGAGACCGGCCUGGAUGCCAAAUACGGAGCUCGGUGCUGCCACCUCAGAUGCUCCUGGAUCAGCUCCUUGCCUCCUCGUUCUCCCGCUCCGUCCCCCCAACAGCUCACCAGAGAGCAGUGCUGCCAAAACACCAGCAUGAAACAUGACGUUGGCACCAUGACGGCCCACAAAGCUCUGAGGGAUGUCGGAGUGCAGACGAGUCAGACCAUCGGUGCUCACGUCUUCCCCCAGAUCUGUCUGCAGAGCAGAGCUGAUGCCGCCUCCGGUAAGAGUCCGAGCAGCCACGGCAAGGCAGAUGAAGAAGUGGACGAUGCGCCGAAGUCUCCGGUGAAGGACGUGAAGUGGGACGCGGAGGGGAUGACGUGGGAAGUUUACGGGGCCUCUGUGGACCCCGAGGAGUUGGGCGUGGCCAUCCAGCGACACCUGGAGAUGCAGAUCAAGGAGACGGCGAACCGUGCAAGCCUCCAGACACACCCAAACCCCAAGACAUCCCAGCGGAGCAGGAACAGCAGCUGCCAGGGGAAGAAGGGCAGGAUGAUCCACAGCAUCCAGACCGUGGCCUGCUGCAGCGGCAGCAGCGCAGCCGGGGACUGAUGGACGGGACGGACCGGACCUCCGCACUGUGCACAGCAGCCAUGACGGCUACUGAUCAUCUCCGCCUCAAAUCCAUCAUCCCAUAAGCAGGUUUGUGAAAGAUCAAGAGAGAAACUGCACACUCACAAGUCUUUAAGGAGAUUCUGACAGAAACACAUGAAUGUGGAUAACGGCAUCGGUCAUAAUCAUAAAUAAAUAAAGAUAUGGAUUAACACACAAGUACAGAAAUAAU